AUGGCGGGCAGGCAAACAAGGGGGCGACAGAGAAUCCCGAUCAGGCUGAUCGAAAACCAGGACGAUCUGUACGCCACCUUCUCGAAGCGGCGAUUGGGGCUUUAUAAGAAGGCAAGCGAGCUGAGCACGCUUUGUGGUGUGGACAUUGGUAUAAUUAUCUUCUCCCCUACCGACAACCCUUUCUCCUUCUUCCAUCCGUCGAUGGAAUCGGUCAUCGACCGAUUUCGGAACCCCAACCAGCCCCUCAGCGACUACGCGCGGGUGGUUGAGGCUCACACACGCGCCCGGAUCGAUAACCUGAACCGGCGCCUGGACGAGAUCCAUGAGGAGAAGGACCGCCUCAAGGAGAGGGAGAAGGAGCUCGACGAGAUCGACCGGAAUCGGCCCAAGGGGUGGUGGGAGGAUACCCCGAUCGAGAGCCUCUCGCCGGAGCAGGUCCUGGAAUGGAAGGCGUGGUUUCGCGCCUUCAAGAACUUCGACUUCCCUCCGGGGCCGUCGUCGUCUACUUACUCCCCGGUGGCAUUCGGGGAUCACCAGUUUGCCACCACACAGUACUUUGAUGCGCCGCCGUACGCUUCGGGUGGUGCGAGUGGAAGCGGCAGCGGCGGCGGCGGAGGAGGACAGUACUUUGUUACUCAGGCGGGUGAGGGGCCGUCUGGUAGUGGCAGCGGGCAGUUUUCUGUCCCGUAUAAUUUUGGUGCUCCUCCAUUUGGGGCGGAGGUUCCGUCGGCGUCGGCGGCGGGGGCGGCUGGAGGAAGUGGCGGUGGUGGCCAGUUUCCUCCGAUGCAGUACAAUUAUUUUCCACCACCGCCGCAACAACCGGAUCAUGAUAACCAGAAUCAGGAUCCGACAUCAGCUACUGUUGGAGAAUAUUCCAUACAGUAUAAUUAUAUUCCCCGGUGGGGGCAGGAUCCGUCUGCUGGUGGAGGAGCCGGUCCUUCCCACCGUGGGAAAAUUUAA